AUGUGGCUGUUCGAGGAGCCGCUGUUUUUUAACAGCCGAAUAGAGACAAAGACGCUUCAGUCUGGAUGCACCAAACUGGGCCACCUCUGUGGACGCCCUGAGGGAGAGAAGCAGCACAAUAUGCAGGAGGCUGAUCAACAGUGUGGUGGAGGAGCUUCCACCAUCCUGCUCUCCAACGUCCGCUCACUGGUUAACCAAAUUGACCAUUUACAACUUGAGCUCUCUUCAAAGAGGGAGCUAAGAAACUGUUGCGUUCUCAUCUUGAUGGACUCAUGGCUUAUCUCAUCGAUUCCGGACAAUGCCGUUAGCCUGGAGGGGUUUGCUAAUUUCCGCGCUGAUAGAAACAGCUGUCUUGGCUGCAAGUCCAGAGGGGGCGGGCUGUGUUUUUACAUCAAUAACAACUGGUAUAAAAUCAGUCACCAGCCACUGCUCUCCGGACAUAGAGCUUUUGACUGUUAA